CUGCCCGCCCCGGGUGUUUCCCUGCUCUGUAUCCAGGCUGCCCGCUGCGUAGUUUCGCUUCCUCCUGGCUCAGGGAUUAGUUUCCAAGCACCCUCUCGGUGCCAGGGCCCGGGAAGGGCACGGAGAAGGAGCCAGGGGAGACUCGUCCAGGGGCUGCCCUGCCCCACACAGCACGGUUGAUGGACCCGGCCGCCCCGGGCAGCGGUGUCAGCUCCCUGCCACUGCUCCUGGCCCUUACCCUGGGUCUUGCGAUUCUCCACUGUGUGGUAGCAGAUGGGAACACAACCAGAACACCUGACACCAAUGGCUCUCUUUGUGGGGCUCCUGGGGAAAACUGCACAGGUACCACCCCUAGACAGAAAUUGAAAACCCACUUCUCUCGGUGCCCCAAGCAGUACAAGCAUUACUGCAUCCAUGGGAGAUGCCGCUUCGUGGUGGACGAGCAAACUCCCUCCUGCAUCUGCGAGAAAGGCUACUUUGGGUCACGAUGUGAGAGUGUUGACCUGUUCUACCUCCAGCAAGACAGGGGGCAGAUCCUGGUGGUCUGUUUGAUAGUGGUCAUGGUGGUGUUCAUCAUCUUAGUAAUCGCCGUCUGCACCUGCUGUCAUCCUCUUCGGAAACAUCGUAGAAAAAAGAAGGAAGAGAAAAUGGAAACGUUGGAUAAAGAUAAAACUCCCAUAAGUGAAGAUCUUCAAGAGACCAAUAUUGCUUAAUGGUUAUAAAGUUAUCACAAGCUGGUGGUGAGCUACAAAGGACCUGACUCAUUUGCAGAUGGACAGGACAUGUCUCAGGAAAACAGCUGGCAGAAGUGAAUGUUUAAAUAUUGUAUUUGCUUUUUGUAGUUUUAUUUGUAACUCUGUGUUUCUUGUUAUUGUUUUUAAUAAUAUUUUUGUUACAGCCAAAUAGUUGAGGAAAAAUGAGCUGGUCAGGUGACAACGAUAAGGGAUGUUUGAGUAUAAACAUUGUUGCCAGGAUUAUUAUGCAAAUUAAAGUGGGAAAGAAGUUAGAUUUUAAGAACUGAGUCACCAUCAGGCAGUGAUGUUACAUGCCUUUAAUCCCAGCACUUGGGAGGCAGAGGCAGCCAGACCUCUGUAAGUUCAAGGCCAGCCUGGUCUACAAAGCAAGUUUCAGGAUAGCCAGAGCUACACAGAGAAACAUAGUCUCAAAAAACAAAAACAAAAAC